AUGUCUUUUCCUUACAAACUAGACGUAGAGCCCGGUCUAAAACGUGCUUCUCUGUACUCCCGAUCUACCACUUCGUCACGACAUACCGCUUCAACAUCAGGUAAAACUAAAAGCAUUAUUGUUCCAAGAGAAAGCAGAACUAACCCAUCAUAUAUUAUCAAUAAAGAAAAAGUACUGAGCAGUACUAUAAAGCCUAGACAUAACAUUGAUAAUAAUAAAAAUACAAAGGAACUAGAAAGCGAGGAACCGGAGAGAAGUAAUAAGUUCAUAGAAAUUGGUGUCAACACCCAUAUUAGUGGAUCUUUGCAAUGCAAACAUAACUUUCUACCACAUGUACGUAAACGAAAUGUUUGUGAUUGUAAGUAUAGUUUUCAUGAUGAUAAACGACGAGGCAAUUGCAAAAUGAGAGCAAAAGAAAUUCAGGCCAUUAUUCCCAAAAGAUAUUUUUCGUCUGAUAAAGCAUGUAGUCAGUGGAUUAAAACGUCGAAUUGUGGUACACAGUUUUUUGAACAAAUUCUUUCUCCAUUAAAAACUAUGCUUGACGCCUACGUUAUCACGGAUAAUUUCACAACACCGACGUGCGGAGCUAAUAAUAUUGAACAGGUGUCAGUUGAAAAUGAUAAGAUGUUGAGUGAUUCUAAGGUUGAAGCGGUUUUGACCUCACCAAGUAUGGAUAAAAAAACUUCGAUGUCUGGUACCUAUAGUGAUAUUGUGGAAGCGUGUUUGUCGCCAAUUGGAUUUAAUAACAUCAGUCCUAGAAGAAAGUCUCCUACUCGUUGGGCCAUUUCGCCGUAUUCUGUUCCUGGUCCUGACUUUUAA